AGCAGUGCUCGCAGACAUCUAUAUUUUCCUAUCUUCGAUGAUUCAGUUUUGAUUUCCUCGUCCCCUCUGGCUUCAUUUUUGUAUAUCUUGGACUUCGAUUUACUUGUAUGUCUAUUUGCUUCAUCUGAUGAGUUCUUUUGAUUUUCUCCCUUUCCCCUUUCUUUUAUGUUUGACGUCCUUUCUUUUCAUCUUGUUUGUUCGGCGUUCGCAGGUUACUUUUUACUUAUGGUUGGUUAUUUUUCUCAAUCAUCUCUUGCUAUCGCCUUUUUGGAAACUGUCCUGGUUCUGGUAUUUUGUUUCCGAGUUUUUUUCUCUUCGUUCUCUUCGUCUUCGCUUCAUACUUUGACCCCGCUACUAUCUCUUCCGCUUAUCUCGCCCCCGCCCAACCCUUCGCUCCUGACCGAUCUUCCAAUCGUCAAAGGGUUUUCCUCUUUAAGCGGCCACUGUCACUCUCGUUCGGGCCAUGAAACGCGCAGUUCACACUCCCUAUUUUUACGUUUAAAGGAUGGAGGAAAUUCUCCUUCUUCCAACCGACUAUCCGCUCCUUAAGGUUGUUGACGACCUUGAUUUAUCUAUUCCCCAUCCCUUCAUUACUUAUGAAC